AAAAAAUCUUUGCUCCAGUCGUGGUGAAUAAGAUGGGAAUCUCAUUUGUUGUCUCCGCAAAGAGGGCGUUUCGGGAAUGAAGUAAUCUCGCGUAGGGUAUGGAAUAUAGAUAAUUGAUAAUGUACUGUUUAUCUAGUCAAUAUUUUUCACAAGUAGAUAGCCUAUUGAAAAUUUCAGUUUAGCCAUUUGAUGGUCUCUCUAUUCAAAUAACCGAGUCGAUGCAAAGACUUGUUAGGCGGGUCGUUGUCGGGGAAAAUGACAGGGAGGAAUGGCAGCUAACCUUGCUAAUGGGAGUGUACUGUACGGGUAGACAUUUCACAAUGUAAGUGUAUCAAACAAAAUCAGUAGGUGGCCAUUGUAGCCAAGUUGUUUGAGCGCAUGUAGUGCACGGUUAUAAUGCUUACAUUGUAUCAGCAUCCAGAGUGUAGAUUUGCUGCAAGGCAAGCGUUUCCCUUUUUUUGUAUGGCUAUCCGUGGUGGACAAUGAUGGUGGCUGGGACUCCGAUCACACACUGUUACUGCUACACUGCUCGAGUAGGCUACAAUGUUGCACUGCUGAGCUGAAUCAAACAGAAUCAAGGAGUUCAUAUUACCUUUGGAUUAACACACGGGCUAAUACUGUGUUCAAAAGGGUUGUACUGAUUGGUGAGGUCUGCUGCAAUUAUGGAUGACCACCAUCAUCACCACCAUCAUCAUCAACUUCAUCAUCACACACAGGGAAGCAUGUCACCAUCAUAUGUUCCAAGGAAGAGGAAGGCUUCACAGCCAAAACAAAAAAGUGGUGUGCCACUACCAGCUAUCCAGAGGAUGUCAGAUAUGAGUGUGAUGAGUAUGAUUGGUGCUCCACCUAAGAAUGAUGACCCCCAUGCCCAGGUGACUCAAAAAAUGAAAAGAACAUAUGGCAGAAAAAGGUAUGAGGAUCUGCAGAAUGUCUCCCUGGGCUCUGGUGUGGAGGAUUCAACCAGCGAGACGUCCUGCUGCUCCGUGGUGUCUUCCAGCCUGGCUGUAGCCAACGGGGAGCUGCCUCCCCCUCCACCUCCCUCUGCCAGACUGCCUCACAGGCUGGUGGCUAAAGACUGUUGGCCCAACCAGGCUCCAGACACAGGCAGGGCCCAGGGCCGGGGUCAGGAACCACCUCCACCCUCCGAUUUUGCCAUGAAGAAAAUGCGGAGAGUUGAGGUGGACAACGGAGCACCUUCUGUUCCAAAUUUCCCUCCGGAAGUGAGACACACAGUUCCAGUUCCUGUUGGAGGUGGACAUGUCCAUAGUCAUGUCCAUAGCGGUCACUCAGUCGGAGGUGGACAUGUCCAUAGUCAUGUCCAAAGUGGUCACUCGGUUGGAGGUGGACAUGUCCAUAGUCAUGUCCAAAGUGGUCACUCGGUUGGAGGUGGACAUGUCCAUAGCCAUGUCCAAAGUGGUCACUCGGUUGGAGGUGGACAUGUCCAUAGCCAUGUCCAAAUUGGUCACUCGGUCGGAGGUGGACAUGUCCAUAGCCACAUCCACAGCGGUCACUUGCAUGGAGGUGGACAUGUCCAUAGCUAUGUCCAAAGCGAUCACUCGGUUGGAGGUGGACAUGUCCAAAGCGGUCACUCGAUUGGAGGUGGACAUGUCCAGUGCAAUCACUCAAUUGGAUGUGGACAUCUCCAGAGCAGUUACCCUAUUGGAGGUGGACUUGUCCAGAGUAGUUACUCUGUUGUAGGUGGACAUGUCCAUAGCAGUCACUCUAUUGGAGGUGUAGCUAUCCAGAGCAGUCACAGUCACCCAGCAGAGCCAACCGAGGAAGAGAAAUCUAAAGUCUUCACCUUCACAACCAAGAAAGAACCUCCUGUCUACCCCCCAGGAAGUCAAGAGGAGAAGUGGCAGCUGAUGAUCCUGGGGAAAGGGCGAGUCACGUGCCCCAAGUGUAAAAGUGUGAGCAGGAAGACUGUGGAGGGACUGAAGAAACAUAUGGAGAACUGCCGAGUGAAUCCCUUCACGUGUCAGCAAUGCGGGAAACAACUGAAAUCUUCCACUGGAAUGAAGUACCACAUCAUGGCAGACCACAAUAACCUGGUAAGGCCAUUCUCCCAUCUGAAGCUGGUUUUGGUGUGUUUAAUGUUGACAUUGGUUUUAACCGUCAUAUUUUGCCAGCCCUCGCCAGAUGACAUAAAUGGCCUGGAUGACCAGUCCAUGAAGGAAAAACUGAGGAAGGUGCUGAAACGGAUGGGCAAAUUAAAAUGCUCAAAAGAGGGCUGUACUGGUAGUUUCACCAGCAUCAUGGGUUACCUGUACCACAUGAAGAAGUGUGGGAAGGAGGAGUCUGAGCUGGAGAAGCUGCUUCUCAACUGCCAACACUGUGGCAAGGUCUACAAGUCUAAGGCAGGCCUGGAGUACCACCUCAAGUCAGAGCACACACCAGUGCCCCAGAAUGCGGAGGAGGAUGAGGUGAAGGCCCAGAGAGAGCCCAACCCUGAGAGGACACCCAGCGGCCGGGUCAAACGCAUGUCAGCCCAGGUGGCUGUUUUCCACCUACAAGAGAUUGCUAAUGACGAGCUGGCUAAGGAGUGGCCCAAGAGGAAGGUCAUCGGGGACCUGGUCCCUGACGAUAAGAAGCUGAGAUAUGCACGCCCAGGGCUGCCUGCCUUCAGUCAGGAGGUCCUUCGGAAGUGGAAAAAUGAAGUGAAGCUGCAAAAGAAAGUGCAGUGCCCAAACCUGGGCUGUGGCUCGGUCUACACCAGCGUGUCUGGACUGAAGGCUCACCUUGGGCUCUGUGGAAGGGGGGACUUUGAAGCAGGGAAAUAUAAAUGCCUGAUCUGUAAGAAAGAGUUCAACUCUGAGAGUGGGGUGAAGUACCACAUCAACUCUGUCCACUCCCAGGACUGGUUUGCGGUGACCUCAAAAUCCAAGAACUUUAAGGUUCUGAAGGCCAAGCCCAAGGAGAACAGCACCGUGGACGACCCCAUUGUCCAGCACCAGACCCUCCAUGUCUUCACCCCUGUCCUGGAGCCCUGGCAGGACAUGCAGAUGGGACCUCCACCAGCGGUGCCCGAGCCAGCCCUGCAGGCCAACCCUGAGGCAGCAGAGAGAAAGAGGAGGGGGAAGGGGAGAGGGAAGGAGAAGGACUGCUAUGACUUCACUGGCAGUGACCACUCCAGCAGUAGCAGCAGCGGCACCUCCAGCAGCGAAUCAGAGACAGAGGAGCUUGAUGGCCAGAGACACGACGUUGACCAAUGGGCACUGCAGAGACCCAGUAUCAUCGAGACCCACCCCGAUGUCGCCAAGCAACCCAGAAGCAACCCCUAGUUCGUCCGGUCACCUGACUUCAGAUCAGGGGUCUGUUCAGGAGGGUGCAACGUUACAGAACAUUCAGAUAGAAAUGCAUUGUGCAUAUUGGUCCUGGGAUGUGUAGUCUGUGUGUUUCAACUGUAACUAUGAGGUCAUCUUAGCCAACGUUUAAUGUGUUUUAUUAUUUUAAUACGUUUGAUAACUCUUGUUUUGUUUUCUGACAUGCUUACUUAGACUAAUCUUUUAACCCCUAUUCUGACAAGUGCUUAUGUGUUGGCUUGUGCUCCUCGAUUCAGACUGUGCCUAGUGUAUGGAUCUAUUAUUUCAUACAACUCCUUUAUUCUACCUUACAUGUUAUCAGACCUCUUCUUUACAAUGCGUAUUUAACCAAUAGCAUGUGGUGUUAAUGUAGUGUGAAUUUUAUAUAUUGCAUAGUGAUAUGAUAACACAGGAUACAUUUGAGAUACAGUGGUUGUCAGUUCUAGUUGUCAGUGAUGUUUUUUAACGCUGCAUUGUUUGUUGAUGUACACAGUCCAGAUGGAAAUAGGUGCAGUUGUCAUUUAAUUUACUUCCUGUGUGGCCCUGUACUGUUUCUGCAGAUGUAUGAAUGUAUUUUGUUUAUUCUUCUGUUGAUAUUUCUGUCAGUGCACCUCUGUUCAAGCUAGGUUUUGAGUAGAUUCAUAUCUAUUUUAUUUAGUAUUGAAUAAUGAACUGGCCCUUGGACAUUUUAAGUGAUUAAUACAUGAUGUUAAUGAAAGGUUUACUCUAUUUGAUGCCUUUUAAAAUCGACUAAGAUAAGUUAGACAACCAAUGUCUUUCAGUUCAAAGGUUCUGCUCAGGUCCAUGAUUCCUGUGACCAAAACAAGAGGCAUUACGCAUGCACUUUUAUAUUGAAUGGAAUGAAGUGCUCAGUCUAACGAUAGGCAUUCCCAUAACCUAACCUUGUGAAGGGUGACAAGUGUGCCCUAAUUUAUGUCUGGCAUUAGACUGCUUCUUGAGAUUGCGUUCAGUCUUCACUGUUUUGAACCAACGGUUGUUUGUCAAAAAAUGAAAGGUAUUACACUUCAAUUCCACAUUUGUGUACAUUUGUAUUAAUGGAAAAUCUAUUAUUUCAAGUUUUAGAAAACAAAAUGCAUUAUACCUUUUUUUAGAAGUACUGUAGGCCUAAUUCGCUGCUAUUUUUAACUACCAGGAGUGUUCGCUAUAUCAACAGGUGAAAUAAAAUAUUAACAUAAUGCUA